CAAGAUAAGUUUUGCUCGAAAUAGCGAAAGUUGAAACUUGUGAGUCGCAGAGAAUGAUUUUGCCUGGCCAAGUUGCCCAUUUUAAUAUUCCAUUCCUGUGCAGUUCACCCACGAAAGUUUCCCAAGUCAUGCCGUCUCUAGCUAGAGACUCGGAGCUGAGAGACAGAGAGAAGAGCCAGUUGGUUGUGUUUCCCACCAAUUUAACCUUUUCCUGGGACCGUGAAAUCCUUCAACCUCUCAGCUCAAGUGGGUCAUUCUUUUAUGAGGUCCUACUCUCCCACUUGCUGGUCUUUGCUGUCUCAGCCUGUGUUACCUGCCCCUUUUUCAAACUUCCCCAAGAGACGCUUCUCUCUUUUCUAUGCGUUCUUGUUCUCUGUAUCCAAGAGUGUGAAAGCUUCCAAUUCAAGCAUCUGGAUCGUCUUGGUAAUUUGCAAGCUUUACUGGCUAUUGCUUAUGAUGGUUGUUUCGGAUUUUGGAUUUGAGAGGUUGGUUUGGGGUCACUUGUGGGGUGUAAGGGAUGUUGGAAAAAAUGAGCUUUUUGUAUUCGUUUGAACUCUACUUUUGCGGUGUAAUAGUGAUUAAGGUUUCAUGCUUGCCCAAAGACAAUGGUGAGCUUUGUGACCAGAUUUUUAUUUCUUUAGCAUUCAAAACUUCAGCUUGCUGAAUCGAAAUAUUAUGAAGAACCUUCUUAAGAAGCUUCAUAUCAUGUCCAAUCAAUCGGAAGAUGCAGAUGGAUCUACUACAUCGAAGGGCAACAAUUCUAAUGAAGGGUCCCCUGAUAGGCUUUUGCACUCUCGGUCCCAUCAUAAUCCUGAGCAUAAACCCCUUAUGGGGCUCUCGGGUUGGUUGAACUCGGUUGCUAAUAGAGGUAGUCCAAGCCCCCCGUCUUCUUCGAAUGUGUCAAGGGGAGAAAAAAUGGAACCGUCUGAUUUGGCUAGCCCUGGUGAGUUAGAAGCUGUUUUGGAUGGAGCGAGGCCUGAUUCCGGUUCAAGUAACUCGAGGGAUCCUGAUAUAGAGGAAGAGUAUCAGAUACAACUGGCUUUGGAACUAAGUGCCAGGGAGGAUCCUGAGGCAGUUCAGAUCGAGGCUGUAAAGCAGAUAAGUUUGGGCUCUUGUGCCAUUGAUAAUACUCCGGCUGAAGUUGUCGCCUAUCGAUACUGGAAUUACAAUUCACUUAGUUAUGAUGACAAGAUCCUGGAUGGAUUCUAUGACCUGUAUGGAGUUAUGGCUGAAUCAACCUCAGAAAGAAUGCCUUCCUUAGUUGAUCUGCAAGGAACACCAGUGUCAGACAGAGUCACCUGGGAAGCAGUUUUGGUCAAUAGGGCUGCUGAUGCUAAUUUGUUGAAGCUUGAGCAGAGGGCUCUAGAGCUAGCUGUCAAAUCAAGGUCCAAUUCUCUCGUUUUUGUAGGUAGUAAUUUGGUGAGAAAGCUUGCUAUUUUAGUUGCUGACUAUAUGGGUGGACCAGUUGGGGAUCCUGAAAGCAUGUUGAGAGCAUGGCAAAGUCUUAUUUACAGUUUGAAAGCAACCCUCGGUAGCAUGGUUUUGCCACUUGGUUCUCUAACAAUUGGAUUGGCUCGUCACCGUGCAUUGUUGUUCAAGGUUUUGGCGGAUAGCGUGGGUUUGCCGUGCCGGUUGGUGAAAGGACAGCAAUACACGGGUUCUGAUGACGUGGCUAUGAACUUUGUAAAGAUCGAUGAUGAAAGGGAGUACAUUGUUGAUUUAAUGGCAGAUCCUGGCACACUCAUUCCAUCUGAUACAGCUGGGUCACAUAUAGAAUAUGGUGAAUCUUUCUAUCCUGCAAGUCCUUUGUCCAGAGACAUUGACUUCUCUUAUAUGGCCUCUUCAAGCAGUGGGAUUGGGAGUUCAUUGGAAGAACAGUCAGACUUUGGGACAUCGGACAAGAGGUCUAGGUUCAGCAAUUCAGUUGCUUUAGUAAAGGAAACUGAGGACACAGGUGAUUUAACUUCUUCUGCAAAUAUAAUCAGCCCAACUAAAAGUGAGGAAGAGCACAAGUCAUCUCCCGAUGAUUUUAUAUCUCCCUCCAAUUUAGAGAAAGUGCCAGUGCAGGAGAAUCCUGGCAAGUCUAGUCAUUCUUACAUUCGUGCAAGAUCUCCUUCUUGGACUGAAGGUGUUAGCUCCCCUGCAGUACGUAGAAUGAAAGUAAAAGAUGUUUCACAAUACAUGAUCGAUGCUGCCAAAGAGAAUCCACAAUUGGCUCAGAAACUUCAUGAUGUGCUACUUGAGAGUGGUGUUGUUGCUCCUCCGAACUUGUUUACUGAAAUCUAUCAGGAGCAGUUAGAUGUGUUGGCAGUUGAGGCAAAGUCUCCGACUAAAGAUAAGGAUGACAAUAAGCAGGGGAGUGGAAACCAAGGAUUCAAAGGUCAAGAAGAUCUUGGUCCUGCUUACUUUUUGCCUCCUUUGCCUCCCCACAGAGUGCACUCUAAAGCACAUAUUUCCUCUGGUCAUCUGGAUACGGGGGAAGUAACUUCGAGCCCUAUCCCAUCACAAUCUGAAGCAGCUCAUGUGAAAUAUACAAAAAAUGUACCUGUUGCUGCUGCUGCAGCAGCAGCAGCAGCUGUUGUUGCAUCAUCAAUGGUAGUUGCUGCAGCAAAGUCAAGCAUUGAGUCCAAUCUUGAACUUCCUGUAGCAGCUGCUGCCACUGCUACUGCUGCAGCUGUGGUAGCAACAUCUGCAGCUGUUAGCAAGCAGUAUGAGCAGGUUGCAAGAAGUGAUGGAGAUGCAGAUGUUGCUCGUUAUGAUCCAUGUGGUUAUGGUGACCGGCAUAAUGAUCAAUCUGGAGCCAUUUUAGAAGGCGAGAGAAUAUCGGAUGGAUCAGCAGGUAAUGAUAGCACCAAAUCUGAUAGUGCAUUGGAUGAAGUUGCUGAAUGCGAGAUUUCAUGGGAGGAAAUCACGUUGGGUGAGCGUAUCGGACUUGGAUCAUAUGGAGAGGUAUAUCGUGGAGACUGGCACGGAACUGAAGUGGCUGUGAAGAGGUUUCUAGACCAAGAUAUUUAUGGUCAAGCACUUGAGGAAUUCAAAAGUGAGGUCUUGUUAAUGAAAAGACUCAGGCAUCCCAAUGUUGUGCUCUUCAUGGGAGCGGUAACCCGUCCCCCAAAUCUUUCAAUUGUCACUGAAUUUCUUCCCAGAGGUAGUUUGUAUAGGCUGAUUCACCGGCCUAACAAUCAAUUAGAUGAAAGAAGGCGCUUGAGGAUGGCCCUUGAUACUGCACGGGGAAUGAAUUAUUUGCACAACUGCUCUCCCGUAAUAGUACACCGUGACUUGAAAUCUCCAAAUCUCCUUGUUGAUAAAAAUUGGGUUGUGAAGGUUUGCGAUUUUGGGUUAUCACGGAUGAAAAAUAGCACAUAUCUUUCUUCAAGGUCAACUGCAGGAACGGCUGAGUGGAUGGCCCCAGAAGUGCUAAGAAAUGAACCUGCCAAUGAAAAGUGUGACGUUUAUAGUUUUGGGGUCAUAUUGUGGGAGCUCUCUACGUUGCAACAACCAUGGGGGGGAAUGAACCCAAUGCAAGUUGUUGGUGCAGUUGGAUUUCAACAUCGGCGUCUUGACAUUCCAAAUGAUAUGGAUCCUACCAUUGCGGAUAUUAUUCAGAAAUGCUGGCAGACAGAUCCAAAGUUGAGACCCACGUUUGCUGAGAUCAUGGCUGCUCUGAAGCCGUUGCAGAAGCCAAUAACUGGUUCUCAAGUUUCCAGACCAACUGCAUCCGUAGGCAGCAGCCGCUAGAAGGCCCAGCCAUCACAAGUUGCUGAAGGCUAGGCUGGCCAGAAGAACAAGUAUACAACCUUUCACUCUGUUCAUUGGAAUGCAAAAAUAUGGGAUCAAGUUCUAGGUAGCCUAGGACUGUGGGACAUGAGCGAGUGAUUGGCUGGAAAUCAUGACCCCAAAACUCAAUCUAAUUGGAGAUUGUGAUUCUUUUUCCUCGACUCCUUUUUUUCUUUUGGUAUUCUUCAUGGUGCAGCUAUCCUCAAGGUUGUGUAUUGUUUUUUCUUUUCUGGGCAAGUGCAAGGUUGUGUAUUUGUUUGUAGAAAUCAACUGAAAAGUAAUCAAUGCGUGAAAUUUUUGCCGUA